UUCAAUGAGCUAGUUAGAUAUCUUGAACGGCAUGUGUCCUUAGCACCUCACAGUCUGUUUGGACGAGGAGCUGAGCGAAGGGGCGCAGACAGCCACGCUGGAAACCACCAGCAAGUGAACUAACGUGACUACUGCGCAGGUUCUCUGCGAAUCUGCCAACUGGGAAAUGGAGAGACACGUGCGCGAGUGACUGGGUGCUACUGGUUAACUUAGUCCGGAGUUACCAGAUGAGUGUUUUUGUAGAAAACAUGGCGCUCCGUGUCGGAGUGCUGCACUGAUGAUUUGAAGACAGUUUGUAGCCUUCCAGUUGCCUUGGUUUCUGUAAGCAGGCAGUUGGGCGAGAGAGUUUCACGGUCCUGAGCUGAGAAAUAUUAAACAUGAUGGUGGCCAAUGCAAAGUCUGGCAAAGCAAUGCAGCAGGUACUGGACAACCUCAAAUACCUGCCAUCAGGCUCAGGAGCCAAAGAUAUUGAUCUCAUAUUCCUCAGAGGCAUCAUGGAGAGCCCUAUCGUGCGCUCCCUCGCAAAGGCCCAUGAGCGUCUGGAAGAAGUAACGUUAAAAGCUGUGCGGGAGGAUAAUGUUCAGCUGGUCACAGAGAUCCUGGAUUCCCUCAACAACCUGCCAGAAAACGACGCUACCGCUGCUGAGCUCGUCCAAAUCCUUCAGGAGCCGCACUUUCAGUCUUUGAUCGAGGCUCAUGACAAAGUGGCUGCAAAGUGCUAUGAAACGCCCCGGACUGCAGCGGACAGCAACGCCUCGUUGGCGAGUUCGCUCGCGCCAGCUGAUGCCGUCAGGAUGAUUGGCAUCCAGAAGAAAGCCGGGGAACCACUGGGGGUGACGUUCCGCGUGGAGCGGGGAGAGAUGGUGAUUGCGCGGAUCCUGCACGACGGCUCCAUCGACAGGCAGGGCCUGCUGCACACGGGGGACGUCAUCCGCGAGGUUAACGGCCGGGAGGUCGGUCAGAGUCCCCAUGACCUCCAGGAGCUGCUGGGGGACUGCAGUGGGAGCGUCACACUCACGGUGCUGCCCAGCUACCGAGACACGCCGGCACCUCCACAGGUCUAUCUGAAGUCUCACUUCAACUAUAAUCCGGCCACAGACAACUUGACCCCCUGUAAAGAGGCCGGCCUGGCCUUCUCCAAGGGAGACAUCCUGCAUGUGGUCAACAAGGAGGACCCCAACUGGUGGCAGGCGCGCAAAGUUGUUGGCGGAGCGACUGGUCUCAUCCCCAGUCAGUUCUUGGAGGAGAAGAGGAAAGCUUUUGUGAAAAGAGAUUCUUCUGGCACAGGGAUGAUCUGUGGGACUGCGAAGAAAAAGAAGAAGAAAUUGAUGUACCUCACUUCAAAGAACGCAGAGUUUGACCGUUAUGAGCUGCAGAUCUAUGAGGAAGUAGCCAAGAUGCCACCGUUUCAGAGGAAAACGCUGGUUCUGAUUGGAGCCCAGGGAGUUGGGAGGCGGAGCCUGAAGAACAGGCUUACCGUCAUGAACCCUCUGCGCUACGGAACCACCGUACCCUUCACGUCGCGACGCCCGAGGGAAGAGGAGCGAGACGGCCAGAACUACUGCUUUGUGACGCGAGAAGUGAUGGAGACGGACAUCAGGGAGAACCGCUACCUGGAGCACGGCGAGUACGACGCCAACCUCUACGGCACCAAGAUCGACUCCAUCCACGAAGUGGUGGCCGCAGGCCGCACCUGCAUCCUGGACGUCAACCCUCAGGCCCUGAAAGUGUUGAAGACGGCUGAGUUUAUGCCCUUCGUGGUGUUCAUCGCCGCUCCGGAACUGGACACGCUGAGAGCCAUGCACACGGCGGUGAUCGAUGCUGGACUUACCACCAAACUACUCACGGAGAACGAUUUGAAGAAGACUGUGGACGAGAGCGCCAGGAUCCGUCGGGCGUACAGCCACUACUUUGACCUGACGAUCGUCAACGACAAUCUGGACAAGGCCUUUGACACGCUGCAGGGGGCGGUGGAGCGACUGGUCAUCGAGCCCCAGUGGGUUCCCGUCAGCUGGGUCUACUGAUGCUUUACGACCUCCGGGACGGACUGCGAGGCUUGGGAUGAAAGGGGACACCUUGAGGGACGGGGAAUUAAACCGCACCCACGGGCACAUCCGGCCUGUGUGGGUAUCGGCCUCGCACGAAGCUGCAUCGGUCACCUUGAUCUGAACGGCCAGAUUCCUUUUCAGCUCUCUAUGCAACUCCCAAUGCACAAGAAGUGUACUUAUUUAUUGGCCUUUUCGGUCUUUUUUUUUUUUAAAGAAUCCUUUCUAUUCAUGUGGAUUGGGAGAACAUUCUGGCCCGCGUGUCAAGAUAUUUUAAAAGCAAAUGUCCUUUUGUGUCAUUUCCGGUUUUAAUUCGUAUGCUCUGCAUGUAAAAUAGGUAACGUGUAUUUAUUUUGCGGGGGGGGAAAACGAGGAUCUUGCUCAUUGAAAAGAACGAUACCUCAGUGUUCCAGUUUACAGUCCAUCAUCUCGGUGUCACGACAAACCGGUCAUUCAUGAAGAACAGUAUCAUAUUGUGAGGCCCUUUGAGACUUAUGAGAGCCAGUUUUUUUUGUACAGAUGAAAAAUGACUUCUGUAGAGUUUCCCCAUGAAUUCUUUCACUCAAGCACAACAGAUUACAUUAAUCGAGUUGAUUGUUUGUCCGACAUUUAGAUGAUGUAAGUAGUUCUGACUGUUGGAGCCGUCGAUAUGGUGCUGUCUUUGUUUAUCUCUUGAACAGGGUACUUCAAUCUCAGUGAAUCAUCCCUUUUUGAUGUGAUAUUACUAAAACUUAACUGUUUUAAAUAAAGUUCAUAUUUACUUAAAUAAAAGGUAUAUUUUACAAGAAUUCAGGAAAGCUGUAUUUUCACAUGUCAAAUAAAUAACUGGUGUUUUCUAAUGAUC